AACUAGGCACUUUAUUGGUAUGCCCAAGUACUACUGUGACUACUGCAAAUCGUACCUGACGCACGACUCGCUGAGCGUGCGUAAGUCGCAUUUGCAGGGCCGCAACCACCUGACAUUCUAUUGCGAGUACUACGAGGAGAUUGCCCGUGAAUAUGGCCUGCUGGAGACCCAGGAGCUGCCGUGGGAGUACAGUCUGGAGACGCACUACACGGGGAUGCCAGGCUUGCGCACGCAGAAAAACGAGCUGAAAUUGCCACCGCCACCCACGUUGCAGGGCUUCCCCAACCCGCCACCCAGAGCAACGUACUACGACGUGGUGGAGGAGAAGCGGGUGAUUGCCGAGUGGAAGAAGGCGACCGAGCCGGCGACCGAAUUGGGUGGCCCCACGAGAAAAUAGAGCGGCCAGUCGCUACAGCAGCCGGGCAAUGUGUAGAGUAUUUAUUGCAGAGGGGCCUAAUGUGAGGUCGUGCGCGAAACAACAAAUUUUUCCUUGAUUUUGCUGGAUAAAACUGAAAGGCGUGCCUUUGUUUAUCAAUAAUUUUAGCAAUAUGUCGGCUCAACAACAAGUUCCCACAUUCAAGCUCGUUUUGGUCGGAGACGGUGGUACCGGAAAGACCACUUUCGUCAAGAGACACCUGACUGGUGAAUUUGAAAAAAAAUACAUGGCCACCUCCGGUGUUGAGGUCCACCCAAUGUCAUUCUACACCAACUUCGGUGAGAUCAGAUUCGACGUUUGGGACACGGCCGGACAGGAGAAAUUCGGCGGACUGAGAGACGGUUACUACAUCAACGGUCAAUGUGGUAUCAUCAUGUUCGACGUCACCUCGAGAAUCACGUACAAGAACGUUCCAAACUGGCACAGAGACCUUGUCAGAGUGUGUGAGAACAUCCCUAUUGUCCUGUGCGGUAACAAAGUCGACGUCAAGGAGAGAAAGGUCAAGGCCAAGACCAUCACCUUCCACAGAAAGAAGAACUUGCAAUACUUCGACAUCUCUGCCAAGUCGAACUACAACUUCGAGAAGCCGUUCCUGUGGCUCGCCAGAAAGCUCGUGGGCAACUCCCAGCUCGAGUUUGUCGAGUCGCCGGCCCUGGCUCCUCCGGAGGUGUCUGUCGACGCCGACCUGAUGGCCAAGUACCAGGCCGAGAUGGACCAGGCUGCGGCCAUGCCACUGCCUGACGAGGAUGACGCCGACCUUUAA